AUGUAUCAAAUCAAUCUUACAUUCACAUACAUUUUACAAUACCCACCAGAUUCACUCAUAUCAGAUUAUCGUUUAGCUUUGGCCAGCGAUCAUCUUAGACAGAUCGAACGGCAACAAAUAUCUCCACCCAGUUACAUACUUCAAUCAGAUUAUAUCGAAAAACUUCCUCAUAUUAAUUGGCCUAAACGUGAUCUACGCGCAUCGCUUAAAACCAAACGACGUAUGCUUUGUUUUUUUAAUACUGUCACUUGUUUUGGUUAA